AUGGACAAACAAACAGCACAAAAGAUGGAAACUUUUGAUACUGAGGCGGAGUCUGAGAUUACUAGCAGCUUUCAGGAUCUUAGUUUCACUAGCAGCACUGUUAGUAUUAGCUUAUGUAGUUCCAGCUCUGAUGUUAGCGUUAGUAAUAGCAGCAAUUUGAGCAAUGGUGCAGCUGCUAGUGAAGCUAAAGAAAGUGAAAAGACUGGUUUAAGUUUUGAUCCAAAUGAGGCUAGUUUUAGGAGCUCUUACCCUUCUAAACCCCAUAAAGGGAAUGACCUUAGAUGGGACGCUAUACAGUGUGUUAAAGGUAAAGAUGGGGAUUUGGGGUUGGGUUUGGGUCAUUUUAGGCUAUUGAAGAAACUUGGUGUUGGGGAUAUAGGGAGUGUAUAUUUGGCUGAGCUGAGAGAGAUGGGUUGCUUGUUUGCAAUGAAGGUAAUGGAUAAAGGAGUGUUAGCUGGGAGGAAAAAGUUGUUGAGAGCUCAAACUGAGAGAGAGAUUUUGGGUUUGUUGGAUCAUCCAUUUUUACCAACUCUUUAUUCACAUUUGGAGACCGAUAAGUUGUCUUGUUUGUUAAUGGAGUUUUGCUGUGGUGGGGAUCUUCAUAUACUAAGGCAAAGACAGCCUGGCAAGCAUUUUAGUGAGCAAGCAGCAAGGUUUUAUGCUUCGGAAGUGCUUCUUGCCUUAGAGUAUUUGCACAUGAUGGGCGUUGUUUAUAGAGACUUGAAGCCUGAAAAUGUUUUGGUGAGGGAGGAUGGCCAUAUUAUGCUUUCAGACUUCGAUUUGUCAUUAAGAUGCUGCGUGAGUCCUACUCUUGUUCAAUCAUCUAGUACUGAGCCGUCUUGCAGGAUUUCUUCAUACUGUAUAGAGCCACCGUGUAUUGAUCCGGCCUGCAAGUUACCUGUUUGCGUAGAGCCUCCUUGCUUGCAACCAUCUUGCUUUAAACCUCGUUUUUUCUACUCCAAAACAACGAAGGUUAAAAUUGAAAAGCCGAACCUGGCAAAUUCAGAUUCACGUCCUGUACUUAUUGCAGAACCAACUACAGCCCGGUCCAUGUCAUUUGUUGGUACCCAUGAGUAUUUAGCUCCUGAGAUAAUAAGAGGGGACGGUCAUGGAAGUGCUGUUGAUUGGUGGACAUUUGGUAUCUUCUUGUAUGAAUUACUACUUGGUAGGACACCUUUUAAAGGCAAUGGAAAUAGAGAGACAUUAUUUAAUGUGGUAGGUCAGCCCCUAAAAUAUCCUGAAGGAUCUUCUGUCAGUUUUGCCACAAAAGAUUUAAUCCGUGCUCUGCUCAUAAAGGACCCGCAAAAGAGAUUAGGGUUCAAAAGCGGUGCUACAGAGAUUAAGCAGCAUCCUUUCUUUGAAAAUGUUAAUUGGGCUCUCAUUCGCAGUACUCACCCUCCAGAAAUUCCAAAACCAGUUGACCUUUCAUCUUUGAAUCUCGCAUUCAAGUCAGCGUUGGCUCGAAAUGAUGAGGGAGCUACAGAUUCAGACAGAUUAUCAGGAAAACUGAGUGUUGUUCUUUAA